GAGAAAAGGAGUCGCCAUGAUUCUCCCACUCCAGACAGACGCAGGUUAAGAUCCUCCCUGGUCAAAGGAGUCUAAAGAUCCUGAAAUCAUCUAAAGGAAAUUCCAUGCCUCCUGUAAAAUGAACUGAUUCAUCUGAGGAAAGUGCCUGUGGAUUUUUCAGCAAGUAUAUCAGGAAUGUUAAUCGGCAGGCCCCUGCACAUGCUCAUGAACCUGACAAGUUUUCCUACAGUGUACGCUCAAGCUGGUAGCUGCAGCCCCAAUACCUGCUGGGAGUAUCUGUGGAUGAUUCUUCCGUGACAGGUUUCUGAGAGAGACUCAGAGCUACAAGGAACAACCCAGGUGUAUAAAAGGUCUGGCAGAUGGGGACACGCAGACUGAAGGACCCUACUGCUUAUUAUCCUCUAAAUACCCCACUCCUAACACCAUGUGUUACUAUGGCGGAUACUAUGGAGGCCUGGGGUAUGGCUAUGGAGGCCUGGGCUAUGGCUAUGGUGGCCUAGGCUAUGGCUAUGGUGGCCUAGGCUAUGGCUGUGGUGGCUAUGGUGGCUAUGGUUAUGGCUGCUGUCGCCCACUGUGCUAUAGAAGGUACUGGUCCCGUGGUUUCUACUGA